UAGGCUGCCUGGGCGGGGCCAGAAUCCUGACAGGCGGAGUUAGAGCGGGGGGCGGGGUUAGCGCGCGCGGGUGGGGCGCUCACCGUGGGCAUGGGGCGGGGCUGCCAGCGGGGGCGUGGUCGGGGUGUCGCGCGGGAACCCGCGGGGGAGGAGAGCUGGGACUCCGGAACUAGAGUGUGGGAGCCAGAGGCCGUAGCGGGCAGGGCUCGAGUGCUGGAGUAGACGGUCCGACAGGCAGAGAAGUGAGACUGGUUGCGGCACAGGGCGGGUUAGGGCUUGAGCCCGACGAGGGGGCGGGCUCCGAGGCGGGCUAGACGCCUGGGCUGGAUGAAGUCCGAGUCUGGGAAGAGAACCGUGUUGUGGCGGGAGGAGGCGGUGAUAGAGGUGGUGGGGCUAAGCGCGGGGGCGGGGCUGGAGCGAGGGGGGCGGGGAUAGCACCUCCGCCGGUCGGUGGUUGGGCAGAGGCUGGAGGGAGUGGGCCUAGGAUGCGGAGGCGGCCGCUGGCGUGGGGGCGUGACCAUGCCUGGCGGGGGCGGGGCCGGAGGCGGGCAGUUUAGAGCGCGGGGCGGUCCUGCGGGGUGGGGCCGGGGCCUGGCGGGGGCGGGGCCUGUGCGGGCCGCGGCGCGGAGCCGAGUGGGCUGCGGGGAUGCGGGGGACCAGCUGCGUGGGCGGCGGCGCCGAAAGCCCCGGCGGCGCGGGGCUGAGCGAGGGCCCGCGGGGGCGCUGGCUGCGCUUGGCCCCGGUCUGCGCCUACUUCCUCUGCGUCUCGCUGGCUGCUGUGCUGCUCGCCGUGUACUACGGUCUCAUCUGGGUACCCACGCGGUCUCCCGCGGCGCCCGCCGGCCCACAGCCCAGCGCGCCGUCCCCUCCGUGUGCUGCCCGCCCAGGCGUGCCGCCUGUCCCGGUGCCCGCCGCUGCCUCCGUCUCCUGCCUCCUAGGAGUCCCCGGCGGGCCGCGACCCCAGCUCCAGCUGCCGCUGAGCCGCCGCCGCCGGUACAGCGACCCUGACCGCCGUCCGAGCCGCCAGACACCCAGAGAGACGCCAGAGGCCGCGGAGGGGCGAGGACCCGGGUAACUCCUUGCCACCCCAACCCGGAUCGCCAGCCCUCGAGAGCUCUGUGCUCCAUGCCGAGGAUGCGCCGUCUCUGGAUGGGUCCGGCUUUCUUCCUGAUGACAUCGCCCAGCGUCUCUGGAGCCGUCAUCCCGCGGAAUGGGGGCCCGGGGGUGUCAACUCGGGGCCUUGCCUCUUGCAGCUCCUCUGUGGUCAGGCCGGGUCCUCCACCAUUAGGAAGAUCUCAUUCUGAGCUCUGUCUCCUGCCCCUCCUGCUGUGGGAUGCUGAGCACAGAGCCCACAGCCCAUCUGCCUCCUCACCUCCCUGAAUCCGUGUCCAUCUGCAAUAAACCACAGCCUCGGCUGCUUCGUGCUCUGUC